UAUCUUGUGAAGCUGAGUCACGUAUUUUGUCGCAGCAGAGCACUUGUACUCUCGAUAAUCCACAGACAAACUUUCUAGCCAUGCACUGCCGUCCAUUUCAGUCUAGAUUUUUGUUUUUCAUGCGGAUGAGAUGUUGUCAAAUGUGAUUAUUAUGAUGUGUACGCUGGGUCUUCAGCUACGGCACUGUUCCGCUGAUCUGUGCAACUGGACUGGAAGCGGUUUUGCAGCUGGUGUGGAUUCGAGGAUUGUUCUCCAGGUGCGGCUGCGCUGUACAGAAGGCUCGGUGAGGUGGGUUUACCCUGGUCAGGCUCUCCGGGUGGUCCUGGAGCCCAACCUGUCCACAGACCGGCGAACCACGGUCUGCAUCAAACCGUCCCCUUCUUUCCGCGGAGCCAGCGUCUUCAUUGAACGAGCCGGGGAGCUGAAGCUGCUGGUGACGGAGGGCGGGCGGCCCGGGCGGCAGGUGUAUUGUUUUCGGGCUGAUGGUCCACACAGACCCGUCCUCUACCUCCAGUCCAGCCCGCAGACUGACGGAGCCUGGAGCAGACACACCAUGGGCUUCAGAUAUGAGCUGCUGGGUAACAGGAGUGCUGCACCCAACGUGGGACACCGAGGGCUGCAGACUUCAUGUCGACCUUGCAAUGAUACAGAACUCCUCAUGGCCAUCUGCAACAGUGACUUUGUGGUCCGAGGGCACAUCAAAAAUGUCUCCCACGACUCUGAACGUCAGACGUCGUUGUUGGAGGUUUCAGCAGUGAGGGUGUAUUGGCAGCGCAGUGGAGUGUUUGAGCAACAAGCGGCUGCCCCUGAGUCCCCCCGGUCUGGUCACAUCCACACACUCCUGCAGUGCCAAGUGAAGCCUGGGGACGGAGAGUUUCUCUUCACAGGAUCAGAACACUUUGGAGAAGCUUGGUUAGGGUGUGCCCCGCGUUACAAAGACUUCCUGUCUGUGUACAAGACCGCCUGGGUAGCACGGCGGAAUUCCUGUGACUUCCCUUUGGACUGAGGAAAUGUUGUUUUAUCCACAGGCAUCCUCACGCCAGUACUGGCACUGUGGGAUCCCUGUUAUGUUUUCAUGUGCCAGCAAGGUGGCACCCAGCAUCACCACCAGGGACGAAGUAAUUCAAUUGUUGGUUUUUUAAAAAUCACAUUUUGAGGAGCAGGGCAGGGGCAAACAGCAGGGCCUCCUGCACUGAGGCUCAGAGGGCCGGCCUUUGUCUCCCCCCAUCACUGCCCUCAGUCCUGGGGGACUGAGAAGGGGUUGGGUUGCUGCUCCCUCUUUGUGCCUCUCCCCACAUCAACCGUUGUUCACUUUGCUGGAUCUGUGUGACAAUUGCCCCAUGAACUAAAGUGGGAGGGAGGACUGAAAGACUGUUUUUCAUAAACACCAGUUUGUUCCAUAUGCUUGAACAUAUUACUGUAUGUGUUAGUUAUCUUUAUUCUGAUUCAU